AUGGAAGGAGCGAUGAAGGUCCAGGUCUAUCGCACCUGCCUGGUAAAGAGUUGUGGACCAAGGAAGGAGCAACCAAGGGAUUCAGUCAGGGAAGGCGAGUCCCAGCCAUUCAUGACACGAUGGAAGUCUGACGAGCAGUUCAACGACUACAAGAAUUCACUGUUCUAUUUCAGUCGACGAGUGACAGCGGGUGGGUGCAGUGGAGCAGUCAACGGUCCGCGCCACACGUCACAGCUGGUAAGCUGGCAGUUUAACUUUAUAGCCAGCCAACGAACUAUGGUUCAAAAGUGCCUAGAUGCUUCCCCAGGACGUCUGGCCAUGUGA